AUGUCGGAUAUGCAGGACACAAUGCUGCUGGGCUUGGAGGGAAUCAAAAAAAUCAUCCUGCACGGAGGCACCGGAGACAUCCCAAAAGUCAUCACUGGGGCGAAGGUGACGUUCCACUUCCGCACCCAGCUGUGCGAUGAGGAACGCACCGUGAUCGAUGACAGCAGAGUGGUGGGGACGCCCAUGGAGAUUGUGAUCGGCAACAUGUUUAAACUGGACAUCUGGGAGACCCUGUUGUCUUCCAUGAGGAUUGGUGAGGUGGCUGAAUUCUGGUGUGACAUCAUUCACACCGGCAUCUAUCCACUUGUGGCCAAGAGUAUGAGGCGCAUUGCAGAGGGCAAGGACCCAGUGGACUGGCACAUCCAUACAUGUGGUAUGGCCAACAUGUUCGCCUACCACAGCCUCGGCUACGACGACCUGGAUGAGCUGAUGAAGGAACCGAAACCCCUCUACUUUGUCAUGGAGCUGAUCAGGGUGCAGCAGCCUAGUGAGUACAACAGAGAGACGUGGGCUAUGAGCGAUAAGGAGAGGCUGAAGGUGGUCCCCGUGCUGCACGGCCAGGGGAACAAGCUCUACAAACAAGGACACUACCAGGAUGCCACACAAAAGUACAAGGAGGCCAUCAUCUGCCUCAAGAAUGUUCAGAUGAAGGAAAAAGCAUGGGAGGCCCCGUGGCUGAAGCUGGAGAAGAUGGGCAACACCUUAACGCUCAACUACUGCCAGUGUCUUCUCCGCAUGGAAGAAUACUACGAGGCCAUUGAGCACACCAGCGACAUCAUCAACCAGCACCCAGGUGAUUAUAAGGCCUUCUACCUGCGAGGGAAGGCCCACGCGGAAGUGUGGAACGAGGCGGAGGCUCGGCAGGACUUCAGCAGGGUGCUGGACCUGGACCCCGGCAUGAAGAAGGCCGUCAAGAGGGAUCUGGCUGUGCUGAACAUGCGCAUGGAGGAGAAGAACCAGGAGGACAGGAACAAGUACAAAGGCAUGUUUUGA